AUGACCACAACGUCAAACACUGGCGAUCAUGCACAAAUUCCUGCAGAACAUGCCACUUCUAGAGGCAGUAAUAGCCGCUCCUCCUCAAAACGCUUCAAGUUCAAGUCCAAAUCAAAGACUUCCAAGUGGCAUGAUGAGGACAACCUGCGCCAUGCUUCCGAAUCGUCCUCUAGACAUCACCACCACCACCGCCAUCAUCACCGGCACAAACGGCGCAGACUGUCAACCUCUCCCCGAGUCAACCCACCUUCUCCGGAGAGUGUUCCUGCAUCUAGCCUCCACCCCGACAUCGCCUUCCGCGAGUCCCUCUUCGAUGCCAUGGGCGACGACGAAGGCGCCGCUUACUGGGAAAGCGUCUACGGCCAGCCGAUCCACACCUACUCGGACGCGAAGCGUAAUGAGGAGACUGGGGAACUGGAGAAGAUGAGUGAUGAGGAGUACAUCGCAUUUGUAAGGCGGGGGAUGUGGGAGCGGAGUUGGGAGGGGGUGGAGGCAGAGCGGGAGCGGAGGAGGAAGGAGAGCCUGGGGGAGGAGCGGGAGAGGGAAGAUGCGAACAGGAAGAAGAAGAAGGAGGAGACAGGUGAGAGCAGAGAUAGGGGUAUUGAGCCCAAUGAUUUUGAGCGGGAGGUCGAGGAGAGUUUGAGGAGGGGCUGGGAGAGGAAACAGAAGAGAAUGUGGCGGGAGAAGUGGGAGGCUUAUGAGAAGGCUUGGGAUGAUCUGUACCUGCUCGCUCGCUCGAGGAAUACGACCAUUGAUGCCACUGAGGAGAAAAAUGUCCACCUUCGAAACGAGAUUGUCUGGCCAGUCGAGUCUGGGAAGAGGAAAGAUGUGAACACACAAGAGAUUGAGAGAUUUAUGACCAAGACGGUUGGAUCGCGUAUGGCUUCGGGUGAGCUGGCCAACACGGAAUCUGCUUUCGCGUCGACCCUCAAGUCGGAGAGGGUAAGGUGGCAUCCUGAUAAGGUUCAGCAGCGGUUUGGCGGCUUGAAUAUUGAUGAAGAAACAUUGAGAGGCGUCACGGAGGUCUUCCAGGUUAUAGAUCGAUUGUAUAACGAAAGAAAGUGA